AUGGCAGCACCGAUAGCGCAUUUCGACGACGACUGGCCGCAUUUGGAUGGUUUCAGCAUGGUUUCAGACCAGCGGCUGCUGCAGAAAGGCCGGAUGGCCGCCGCUGCCUCGGGGGAAGAAGCAGCACCGGGGCUGCUGCUGGGUGAUGAUGAUGAUGAUCUCCCCGAGCUGCACUGCAGCAGUCUCUCCCCGGGGGACACCGGUGCCUUUAGGUCCAUGGAGGACCUGGUGAACGAUUUCGACGAGAAGUUGUCCGCUUGUUUCCGAAAUUUUAACACCAAGACGGAAAGCAUCGCUCCAGUGAGUGAGAUGACCGAGGACUCACUGGAGAGAGACGAGAUCUGGAACACUUUAACCAGUAACUAUGGCCGUGUGAUGCCUGUGGAUUGGAAACAGUCUCGAACACGCUCUCUACAUGUCCCCACGUUCAACCUGGGGGAGAAACCAAGAAAGAGUGAUGUCACGGUGGAGCUGUCAGAUGAUGAGGAGCUGAGGGAGCAGCUGGACAUGCACUCCAUCAUCGUCUCUUGUCUCGCUGAGGAGCCUCUUUUCACCGCAGAGCAGGUCAUCGAAGAGAUUGAGGAGAUGAUGCAGGACUCUCCUGACAUGGAUGCACAGCAGAAUCCCUCUCAGUCGGACCUCUCAAUGCUUUCCUUGGAUGUCCAGCGCUCCGAUACCAACCCCUUCUUUGAAGACAGGGUGAGGACCCUAAGUGUGGCUGAGCUGAACGAGCGUCUGGAGGAGACGGAGACGGCCAUCAGGAGGUUUUCAGAGGAGCUAGUGCAGCAGCUGGCUCUCAGGGACGAGCUGGACUUUGAGAAAGAGGUGAAGAACAGCUUCAUCUCAGCACUCAUUGACGUACAAAACCGGCAGAAGGAGCAUCGGGAGCUGCUGAAGAAGAAGAAAAAGCUUAAAGGGGGGGCGUCUCAGGGUCUCGCAGAGAGGACGCUCGGAUCACGUUUCAGCGUAGAGGGACUCUCUUCUGUCAUUCAGAACAGCUUUCGGCAAACUUUUGGGAGCGGGUGCAGUGAAAGACAGUAUUUAACCACGGUCAUCCCUUAUGAGAAGAAAGGACAUCCUCCAUCGAUAGAGGACCUCCAGAUCCUGACCAAGAUUCUACAGGCGAUGAGAGACGACAGCGACAAGGUGCCGAGUCUCUUAACAGACUAUAUUCUCAAAGUGCUUUGCCCAACGUAGACUGGAGGGAGGGUGCCUAACACUCAGGAGAGGCUUCAGGUAGUUCACUGUGGAAAGAAGAUGAAGAGGACUCACUGCA